CCUCGCCCGCCGUGCGCCCGCCGCGCUCUUCACAGCCGUCGUCGCCCAUGGCCACGCCCGACGCCGCCCGCACUGCGCCCUACCUCACCCACAUCGUCACCCACCACGGCCAGCUCACCCUCAUCCCGCCCCAGAACGCCGGCCGCAUCCGCAGCCCCAGGACCAAGAAGAAGCGCCAGCCCGACCCCGACGACGAGCCUCGCUUCACCACCGCCGUCCCCCCGUCCGCCUCCAGGCGCAUCCGCCCGCCGAGCCCGCCCCAUGCCCGCCCGCGCAGGGAGCCCGCCCCGCAGCCCGCGAGGCCUGCCGCCGAUCCCCUGCUCGAUGUGAUGGACACGCCUGUACCCGACUACCCGCCGCCCUCCUUCCAGGAAGCAAUCCUAGCAUCGCCGUCUGCGUACACCCUCCCGUCCUCGACCUAUGCCAACUCCUCCUACGCGACUUCCUCCUACUCUGCGACCCCCCACACAAGCCCGCCGGCUUCCCCAGCCGCCGAAUCGCGCUCUCUUGUCCGCGACCUCUCGCCCUCUCGCUACUCGCCCUCUCUUGUCCGCGACAUCUCGCCCUCUCGCUACUCGCCCUCUCUUGUCCGCGACAUCUCGCCCUCUCGCUACUCGCCCUCUCUUGUCCGCGACAUCUCGCCCUCUCGCUACUCGCCCGCCCUCGUCCCCGUCCGCCGCUCCCCGCGCUCUCUCGACCCACCUUCGUCAGCCGUAUCUGGCCCGUCCGACGACCCGGGCUCGGAUUCAGACGACUCCAGCGUCGAGCUGCUCGGCCUCGAACCCGAGCAGCACUGGGAAGCCGAUCGCAGCACCGGCCUCAACCUCCACCAGCGCGUUCAGCGGGAGUUCGUCCGCCAGCGCGCCGCCGAGUCCAGCACGACCGUCAACCUCCUCCGCGAACCCGCCUCUCCCAGCCAUCACAGCACGAACACAUCGCCGUCCUCGACGCGCCCGCGACGGUGCUCACAUUGCGGGUCGCUGCGCCCUGCAGAUGCCGACGGAGAGGUGCAGAGUGGCGAGGAUGAUGAACCCGGUGCUCGAGGCAACAGCGGCGAGUGUUCGAUCGAGAGACGCCGCCGCGUGAAGGCACACCAGUCUCUCGGUCUCCCUGUACGCGAUGCAUCCCCACCGCCUUCGCCCGCGUCGACCAUCGACGCGCCUGGGUUCAGUCCCUGGGCGAGCACCGCAACGCUACUGAGUAGCGCGUUCUCCACGCACAAGCCCGCUCCGGUGUCUAUUGGCAAUAGCGGGAACAGCGUCAAGCGGAAGGAGAGCGUGGGGCUGCGGAAGCUGUUCAUGAAGGGGAAGGAGAAGGCACGGGAGCACGAGAGGGGGCGGGAGCGGGGCGGCGAGAAAGACAGGGAUGCAGCAGACCAUGGUGAGCCGAGGUCUCCCUCGUCUGCCGACGACUUGCAGUCUUGGGAGGAGAUCACUCCUUCCGAGGCUGAGGUGGACGGAACGUCGGCGCCCAAGAAGGAGAAGCAACCCAAGACAAGGGAGCGACCACCGCAAGAACGAGCAACACCUACCCUUGCACCUGCCCCACGGCCGGCGCGGCGUAACCAAUACGUCUCGCCGUACCCCCUUUCACAGCCUUCCCUCUCGCACGUCCCAUUUCCGCCGGAGAAGGUACGCCCGCCACCAAGCCCAUCGUCGUCUUCGGCCGCCGAUGCGCUCGGACGCCCCCUCGCGCCCGUCUCCCCAACACGGCCCCAUCCGCCUUCGCGCCUGGCGAGGGAGACGCACCUGUCUUCGCCGACGCGACUGGAGGGCCCACCACCGCUUCCGAGACUUCGUCCGCCGCGCGACCGCAGCCCGCUCAUCGGCCGCUUCCGACGCCCCGAGAUCGACGCGCCCUGUCCGACCUCGAGGAUGUCGAUCGAGCCGUCCGCGUCUGUGACUGGCCUGAGUGAGAGCAGCUCGGGCUCCUCCAUGACAUUGGCAGACACUCGUGCGGGCGACGACGGUCGAGGGGUCUCGCCUCCCUCCGACCCGUCGUCACAGAGGCCCGGAACUACACAGGAGGUCGCCGGCGCGAGCGCAGUACCCACCGCUCGUCUGCCGUCGCCACUGUCCCUGCAGCCGUUGCGAGCCCCGCAGACGACCGUAGCGCCCGACGUCGACGCAGCGCCUUCGCUCACGGCCAACGCCUUGGCUCUUCAGCCUGUCCAACAAGGCAGUGCGACGCUGCCAGUCACACCGACUACACCGACGACGCCUACGGGGCACCACUAUCCCGGCCGACCGCUUCCUCGCCCGCCGACAUCCUCCACCCCCAGCUCGCCUGUGCUCAGCGUCAGGCCGAUGACUCCAAACAUGUCCACCACGAGAGACAACGAGGUGGAAGCCUUGCCCGCACCCGCGGCGACCUCCAAUGAUGUUGUGGGUGACUCGAGGCCUCGUCCGGAAUGGUCGAACUACACCGAUCUCGACGUCUUCAUAGCCCGCCUCGAUGUCGGCAGCCAGCCAGAUGACGGGCGCAACUACGAGGAUCUACUGCGAGUGUCCGAGUUCGUCGGCCCUGCAGCCGCUCCGUCAGCCCUGUCUCCGACCCCCACUUCCGCCGAACAACCAUUGGUAGGUCGGAUCGAGGUCGAGCGCCGUCGCAUUACCAAGGACGGCCGCGUCAAGCUGAAGCUGACCUUGCUCGGGGUGGUCGUCGACAAAUGUGGGAUUUGUUUGUCGCAAUUCAAGGACGAGGAGCUCGCGGCGCUAGCUCCCAUGUGCCAACAUUCGUUUCAUGAGAAGUGCCUGCGGCGCUGGCUUGCCAUGAAACAUACCUGUCCGAUAUGCCGUGUAACUCUUUCCCUGGAUAUGUCUGCUCAAGUCAUAUGAGACAUUGCUGUACAGUUGUCCCCUGUAGGAAUAUUGGCUUGGUACGGGACGAGGAGCGCUAGCGCUACGCUCAUCCCGAUUCGCCGCGCCGAGACCUUGCUUCUAGUAUGCGAGUUAGCC